AUGCUGUCGCAGAAGCAGGCGGAGGAAGCGAUCGUGCCCGGCUACAAUGAGACGGAACAGCUUGAAGGCAACGGCAAGGACGACGAAAGGGGAUUGGCCCUGGAGCGCGACGGCAAGGACCAGCCCCUGUUCAGCAUGAAGAGCAUCCUCUGGCACGGGGGCUCCGUCUACGACGCCUGGUUCAGCUGCGCCUCCAACCAGGUAAAAUACCUCCAUCCUCUCUCUCUCUCUCUCUCUCUCUCUAUCUCUCUCUCUGUUCGUUUCUCUCGUCGAUCUGCGUUUCGUCUUCGUCCAACUACACCUGCCCGCGAUAAUUAAUUUUGUUCUCCUGGUUUAUUGCAGGUGGCGCAGGUGCUGCUCACGCUGCCGUAUUCCUUCUCCCAGCUGGGGAUGCUGUCGGGCGUGCUACUGCAGGUCUUCUACGGUUUCAUGGGCAGCUGGACCGCCUACCUCAUCAGCGUCCUCUACGUAGAGUACCGCAGUCGCAAGGAGAAGGAAAACGUCAGCUUCAAGAACCACGUAAUCCAGGUUCAUCCGACAACCUCCUCUCCCCUGACCAUCCUCCGCAUCUCGAAGAAGUCGUCCUCCCUCAACUCCUCUCGUCUGAUGUCACCGAUCCAUGAAUUUCGAUGCCCAUACUGAUGAUGAUACUCUCUCCUGCGGGUGGCAGUGGUUCGAAGUGCUGGACGGGCUUCUGGGGCCCUACUGGAAGGCCAUCGGCCUCGCAUUCAACUGCACCUUCCUCCUCUUCGGCUCCGUCAUCCAGCUGAUCGCCUGCGCCAGGUACGCCGCCGCUCUCUGAUUGCGGGCUCAGUGUUUCAUCUAAAAAUGGGCGAUAACGCGGCGGCUCCGAUGGAGCAGCAAUAUCUACUACAUCAACGACCGGCUGGACAAGCGGACGUGGACGUACAUCUUCGGCGCCUGCUGCGCCACCACCGUCUUCAUCCCCUCCUUCCACAACUACCGCAUCUGGUCCUUCCUCGGCCUCGGCAUGACCACCUACACCGCUUGGUAUCUCACCGUCGCCGCCCUCGUCCACGGCCAGGUUCGUCCUUGUUCCCUCGAGGGCAUCAUUCCAUUCAUUAGAUUGGCAUCGGGUCAGAGGAGAGGCCGUACGACCGACAACAGCUGGGUCUGAUGCGUAAUGGACGGGGUGUGCCGGGUUCUACAGGUGCAGGGAGUGGAGCACUCGGCCCCGACAAAGCUGGUGCUCUACUUCACCGGCGCCACCAACAUCCUCUACACCUUCGGCGGCCACGCCGUGACAGUGUAAGUCCCUACACUUUUCCCCUUUAAGAAGCUCUCUGUAGCAGAGGCAGGGUAUUCCCCUCUCGACGGGGCGGCGGUAGCAACAGCGGCCGUCCGCGCCGCUGCAAUUCCCCCUUUUCGUCACGUUGCCGGGUCGUUAUCCGGCUCUGACCUGCCUUUUCUCCGCCGUUUCUCCUCGCUUCCAUUUGCAGCCUUUUGCUUUCCCGGUUGGUGCGCCGAGGCCCAAAAGCGUCUGUCUGAAAAGCAUUCUUACCUCUCUCUCUCUCUCUCUCUCACUCUAGGAACGUCCUGUUCCUGUUCGGUGGAGGGAAAUAUAUAAUAUAGAAAGGGGGGGGGAGGAGGGAGAACUUAAUGCUUCCUCCCGUAGUGGGGAGGGUGAAAGGAGACGAGCCUUUUGGACCGUGUGGUGGCCUCUUUAUGGUGUAGAGGACUUGGGUUCUUGUCUUCGUCCGUAGUCCGCUAGAGUGACGGGUUUUGACUUUCAGUUACUCCCAGCUGGAGUGACGCGCUUUGACUCGUUAUGGCGGGGCACACACCACCCGGCCCCACCGAUUAUAUUUCUCCCCCGAAGUUCAUGGGGGUUUGAUCACAGCCAGCUGGAUUGUCAGCCACCCGGCUGUUUCGUCUGUUUCUCCUCCUCUCCCGGUUAGAAUAGAACAGGAUAGCAUAGAAAAGAAAAGAAUAGAAUGGAAUGACCCACUCGGCGUUGAAUUGUUGAAGUCUGUUCUUUCUUGCUUGCUGGGUGUGGGGGGGGGGACGAGGAGCGGCUGACGUGAUCCGGAAACGGGUCGGUGGCGGUUUUUAAUGGCGGUGGCGCAGGGAGAUAAUGCACGCCAUGUGGAAGCCGCAGAAGUUCAAGUACAUCUACCUCCUGGCGACGCUGUACGUGUUCACGCUGACGCUGCCGUCGGCGGCGGCCAUGUACUGGGCCUUCGGGGACCAGCUGCUGAACCACUCCAACGCCUUCUCGCUGCUGCCCAAGACGGGCUUCCGCGAUGCCGCCGUGGUGCUGAUGCUCAUCCACCAGUUCAUAACCUUCGGGUUCGCCUGUACGCCGCUCUACUUCGUGUGGGAGAAGGCCGUCGGCAUGCACGACACCAAGAGCGUCUGCCUGCGCGCCCUCGUCCGCCUCCCCGUCGUCGUCCCUAUCUGGUUCCUCGCCAUCAUCUUCCCCUUCUUCGGCCCCAUCAACUCCGCCGUCGGCGCCCUCCUCGUCAGCUUCACCGUCUACAUCAUCCCCGCCCUCGCCCACAUGCUCACCUACCGCUCCGCCGCCGCCCGCCAGGUAACCACCGCUCCAAUUCCCCUAUUUAUCUUUUCUAUCUGUCUUCUCUAUUACGGCCGUCACCUCCGGCCACAAGUCCACUUGCCCGUCUCAUUCGCGAGGUCGCCGCCGCCGCCGCGGCGGACGGUCGGGCCCUGGACGAGGAUCAUGACCACCUCCCUCCCCGUAGCCGGCGACUUUGCCCACUCGCUCCGCUCAUUAAUGGCGGCGGGCCAUCCCCGCGAAUCCGUAAUCAUCACGGCCGCGAAGGCGGCGACGGUGAUGGGGAGGGGGUCGGUUAGUGGACGGAGGGGAUCCCCGUGGGGAGGCGGAGGUGGCGCCGCCCGUCCUCUUCUGUAGCUCGUCAGCGGGGCCGGGUCAAGGUGGGGGUGGCGCCGUCCCCCGCCACGUUGACCACUUGGCCGCCCCUAGACACACACGGGGCGAGUCUUUGCGGUGGGGUAGGGGAAGUAGACCCAGCAUGGCGCCGAGCUUGGCGUGAGUUAAGGUGGCCCGGCCCCGAAGUGCAAUCGCUUGUCGCUUGCUGUUAUGCUGGUGGUCCUGUCCUUCCCGACCUCAUGUGCUGCCCAGUCCAAAGCUCUCUCUCUCUGUCUCUCUCUAGCUAGAUAGUGACAUAGACUUCUGGUUCAUGCGCUGGAGGGGCCGCGGGUCGUUCUUAUUUCCCCGUCGUCAAACUGGCAGAAGGGUCCAGAGAGAAAGGGGGGGGUGUUGUGAAUGUAGUCAAGAGGGGUGUUUUUCAGGAAGGUGGGGACUUCGUUCCCCUUGAAGGCAGAAAGGACCACAAGAGGUGCUACCCGGAUGGAUGCCCGUACUCCGCAGGCCGCAGUGGCGGACUCAUGCGCAGAGGAGCCUCCACCGGCGGCCAGCGGAGGGGAAGGCAGGGAACGGCGGCGCAUUUAUGAGGAGAAAGGAGCGGUGGCCCCUUCACUUCCGCCGUGCCUGGCCGAUGAAAGCAACGCCUCCAAUUGAAUUCAUGAAUGCCCGUCGCCAUCCCGGGGCCGGUGGCCUCACACCUCUAAUGAACCCGGCAUUAAUAGUAUUAUUGUUAUAAUUACCGUCGCUGGUGAAUGAGGCCUGACUGACGUAACCACUCCGUCACACAGAAUGCGGCGGAGAAGCCACCCUUCUUCCUCCCCAGCUGGACGGCGAUGUACGUGCUCAACAUCUUCGUGGUGCUGUGGGUGUUCGUGGUCGGUUUCGGCUUCGGCGGCUGGGCCUCCAUGACCAACUUCAUCAGGCAGGUUGACAACUUCGGGCUCUUCGCCAAGUGCUACCAGUGCGCCAAGCCGCCCUCGCCCCCCUCCGCCGCGGCCGCCUCCCCUCUGCCGCCGCGCCACCACUGA